UGCCGAGGGCAAGAGGCCGGGAGCGCAGCUGAGCCCGAGUUCCAGCACCCGGCCCGCGCCUCGGGCUUCCGCCGGGUCAGCUGACUAUUUAAGUGCGGAACUGCGCGCUGGGCCGUGCUGCCCGCCGCCGCGCUGCGCUCGGUGCUUGGCUCUCGCCGCCCCGCGCCUGCACUCCGCGCGGAGCGUCCGCCCAGUCGUCAUGGCUGGGCUCGUGGUCAGUGGAACUCAAGUGUCCUACAUAGGCCAGGACUGCAGAGAAAUUCCAGAGCACCUUGGAAGGGACUGUGGACAUUUCGCAAAGAGGCUCGAUCUGAGCUUUAACCUUCUGAGGUUGAGCACAGGAGGUAAAGCCAGACCUUGUGCAGGCCGCAGAUGUGAACACCAGCGUCUUGGAAGAGAAAGUUUGACAAAGUCACUGGAAGGACUGAGCGCGUUCGGGAGCCUGGAGGAACUCAUCUUGGACAACAAUCUGCUCGGGAACGACCUCGUGUUGCCAGGGUUACCCAGGCUCCAUACCUUAACCCUCAACAAGAACCAGAUAUCUGACUUGGAGUGUCUGCUCGAUCACCUGGCAGAAGUGACACCAGCUUUAGAGUACCUCAGCCUGCUGGGCAAUGUGGCCUGUCCCAACGAGCUGGUCAGCUUGGAAAAGGAUGAGGAAGACUACAAGAGAUACAGAUGCUUUGUUCUGCACAAGCUGCCCAAUUUGAAGUUUCUGGAUGCCCGGAAAGUAACCAGACAAGAACGAGAGGAAGCUUUGCUCAGAGGGUCAUUCAUGAAGGUGGUGAAGCCCAAGGGUUCUGGAGGCUGGAAGUCCAGAUUGUGGUGCCACCAUGGUCUGGAUUUGGCUUCCAGCGACCGCGUCACAGCUUCUCCAGAGAACCACUAUACACCCCUGCCUGCUGCUUCAAGGGAUCUCACCAAUCACCGAGGUGUCCUGGGGAAGUGUCGCUAUGUUUACUACGGGAAAAACUCGGAGGGCAACAGGUUUAUCCGAGAUGACCAGCUCUGAUGGCAAGUUCUGUAUGCUUUAGCCUGUGUCAUAAGAAUAAAAGAAAAAAGGCAAGUAAAAAUAAAGGAAAAGCUAAAGAAAAAA